GGCGGCGGCGGCGGGCGGCUGGCGGCGGCGCUCCCUGCCGCGGGACUCGGGGCCGACCUCCUCUGGUCUCCGGGCCCCCUCCUCCCGUAGCUGACCCCUCCCGCCCCUUCCAACUACCGCCUCCGGCCGGCGGAGGGAGAGAGAGGGAGUGGAGCCGGAGACAGGGAGUGCGAGGAGAGAGGGAGGGAGGGGACGGUGCCUUGGCUGACUUUUUUUUUUUUUUAAGAGGGUGGGGGUGGGGGGGUGAUUGCUGGUCGUUUGUUGUGGCUGUUAAAUUUUAAACUGCCAUGCACUCGGCUUCCAGUAUGCUGGGAGCGGUGAAGAUGGAAGGGCACGAGCCGUCCGACUGGAGCAGCUACUAUGCCGAGCCGGAGGGCUACUCCUCCGUGAGCAACAUGAACGCCAGCCUGGGGAUGAACGGCAUGAACACGUACAUGAGCAUGUCCGCGGCCGCCAUGGGCAGCGGCUCCGGCAACAUGAGCGCCGGCUCCAUGAAUAUGUCGUCGUACGUGGGCGCGGGCAUGAGCCCGUCCCUGGCCGGCAUGUCCCCCGGGGCGGGCGCCAUGGCGAGCAUGGGGGGCUCCGCCGGGGCGGCCGGCGUGGCGGGCAUGGGGCCGCACCUGAGCCCCAGCCUGAGCCCGCUCGGGGGGCAGGCGGCCGGGGCCAUGGGCGGCCUCGCCCCCUACGCCAACAUGAACUCCAUGAGCCCCAUGUACGGGCAGGCGGGCCUGAGCCGCGCGCGCGACCCCAAGACGUACCGGCGCAGCUACACGCACGCCAAGCCGCCCUACUCGUACAUCUCGCUCAUCACCAUGGCCAUCCAGCAGAGCCCCAACAAGAUGCUGACGCUGAGCGAGAUCUACCAGUGGAUCAUGGACCUCUUCCCCUUCUACCGGCAGAACCAGCAGCGCUGGCAGAACUCCAUCCGCCACUCGCUGUCCUUCAACGACUGCUUCCUCAAGGUGCCGCGCUCGCCCGACAAGCCCGGCAAGGGCUCCUUCUGGACCCUGCACCCCGACUCGGGCAACAUGUUCGAGAACGGCUGCUACUUGCGCCGCCAGAAGCGCUUCAAGUGCGAGAAGCAGCUGGCCCUGAAGGAGGCCUCGGGGGCCGCGGGCGGGGGCAAGAAGGCGACCGCGGCGGCCCAGGCCUCGCAGGGUCAGCUCGGGGAGGCCGCCGGGCCGGCCUCUGAGACUGCGGCGGGCACCGAGUCGCCCCACUCGAGCGCCUCUCCGUGCCAGGAGCACAAGCGAGGGCCCCUGGGAGAGCUGAAGGGGACGCCGGCCGCGGCCCUGAGCCCCCCGGAGCCGGCGCCCUCGCCGGGGCAGCAGCAGCAGCAGCAGCAGCAGCAGGCGGCCGCCCACCUGCUGGGCCCUCCGCACCACCCCGGCCUGCCGCCGGAGGCCCACCUUAAGCCCGAGCACCACUACGCCUUCAACCACCCCUUCUCCAUCAACAACCUCAUGUCCUCGGAGCAGCAGCACCACCACAGCCACCACCACCAUCAACCCCACAAAAUGGACCUCAAGGCCUAUGAACAGGUGAUGCACUACCCUGGCUACGGUUCCCCGAUGCCGGGGAGCCUGGCCAUGGGCCCGGUCACGAACAAAGCCGGCCUGGACGCAUCGCCCCUGGCCGCAGACACCUCCUACUACCAGGGAGUGUACUCCCGGCCCAUAAUGAACUCCUCUUAAGAAGACCCCGACAGCGGGCUAGCCUGGGACAGGGACAAGAGAGAGGAAAUGGGGCGGAGAGUUUGAAGAAGGGGUGUUGUUGGAGAGAUCCAAGGAAGAAGAAAACCAUCACAUCCCCACCCCCAGGACAGCAGUCUCCCCUCACCCUCUGCAGCUCUCCCUCCCAAAUAGAUGGGCCACACUGAUAUUAUUCUAUAUAAGGAGGGAAGGCAAGAAGACAAACAGUCAAAACAAAAAACAAAAAAGAGGAAGAAAAGAGCAAAAAGCCUCCGAUCUCCACUGCUGUGUAGACGCCUGCUUCUUUUAAGCAUUUGCGAGUUCUGAUUUUUCAUUGUCAUCUUCUCCUCCAUUGCUGCUGUUGCAGGGAAGUCUUACUUUAUUAAAACAACAACAACAACAACAACAAAACAGAAAACAAAAAAAACCCACAAACUUUUGUGAGUGACUCAGUGUAAAACCAUGUAGUUUUAACAGAGAAACAGAGUUGUACUAUUGUUUAAAAAGAAAAAAAAAAGAUGUAAGGGUCUGUUGUAAAUGACCAAGAAAAAGAAAAAAAAAAUGCAUUCCCAUUCUUGACACGGUGAAAUCCAGGUCUCGGGUCUGAUUAAUUUAUGGUUUCUGCGUGUUUUAUUUAUGGCUUAUAAAUGUGUGUUCUGGCUGGAAGCGCCAGAGUUCCACAAAUCUAUAUUAAAGUGUUAUUGCCAGUUUUACACCUUGAAUCUUCAAGAUUUUUUUUUCCCUUUGCCUGACUUAAAAAAUAAACAAGUCUAGAUAUUA